AUGGUUGUCCCUAAGCUUCCUCCAAACCCUCCAAAGCUUCCGAUAAUUGGGAACUUGCACCAACUGCUAGGUAAACCUCGUCAUCAAGCCCUUUGGCAACUUUCCCAAAAAUAUGGCCCAGUUUUUCUACUACAUAUUGGUUCAAAGCCUUACCUUGUUAUAUCUUCCUCUGCCAUGGCCAAACAAGUCUUUAAAACUCAAGAUAUCAUCUUUUGUUCCCGUCCAACGUCCCAUGCUACCAAGCGACUAACGUACGACUAUUUGGACGUUGCCUUCUCGCCUUACAGCAAUCACUGGAAGAAGAUGCGCAAGCUUUUGGUAUCUGAAUUCCUGGGUCCAAAGAGAGCUAUCUUAUUAAACCAUAUGUUGGUGGCAGAGAUCGAGACCAUGGUUUGUUCUAUAUCAGCACAUCCAUCAAACACUGUGGUGAACCUAAACCAGAUGUUUUCAGCAAUAGUGAAGGCUGUGGUGUGUAAGGUGGCCUUUGGUAAGAACUAUAGAGAAGAACCACUCAAGGGUCCAUCAUGGGAAAGUCAUGGUUGA